CACCCCUUACUAAAACACAUAAUUAAAAAAAAAAAAAGCAUUCAAUCUCAAAAUCACAACCUUUUUCACUCCAACCCUGAUGACGAACACGACCCUCCUCUCGAUUCCUUCUUCUUCUUCUUUAAACUCUCCGUCUUCUUCUUCUUCUUCUUCUCCAUUAGCUCUCAUCCUUCCCCUCCAAACAAUGCAUCUCUUCAUAUCUCUUCUUCUCCUUCUCCUCUCCCACUCUCCCACUCCAUCCCUCUCUCUCAACCAAGAAGGCCUUUAUCUCCUCACCGCCAAAUCCCACUUCGACGACCCAUCCAACUCCUUGUCCGACUGGAACUCCCGCGACCAAACUCCAUGCCAAUGGGCCGGCAUCUCCUGUUCCCCCACCGCCACCGGCGCCGGCACUGACACUGUCACCUCCGUCAACCUCUCCGAGUUCAACCUUUUGGGUCCCUUCCCCGAAGUCCUCUGCCGUCUUGACAAUCUCACCUUCAUCGACCUCUCCUACAACUCCAUCAACUCUACUCUUCCGUCUUUGCUUCUCUGUAACUCCUUGGUCCACCUCGACCUCUCCCAGAACCUCCUCACUGGCUCUCUACCUUCCUUUCUCUCCUCCCUUCCUUCUCUUACUUACCUUGAUCUCUCCGGCAACAACUUCACCGGCCCUAUUCCUAGCUCAUUCUCACUCUUCCCCAGUCUCCAGAUCCUUUCCCUCACUGGCAACCUUCUCAACGGGACUAUUCCCGCAUCUCUCGGCAAAGUCUCCACUCUCCGCCAGCUUAACCUCUCCUACAACCCGUUUUCUCAUGGCCCUGUUCCGGCGGAGAUCGGCAAUCUUGCCAGUUUGGAGGUUCUUUGGCUAGCUGACUGCAACCUUGUUGGCCACAUCCCGGACUCGCUCGGCAAACUCUCGAAACUCCAAAACUUGGAUCUUUCCACCAAUUCUCUCACCGGCGACAUCCCCGAGUCUCUGACACGCCUCUCCAGCGUCAUCCAGAUCGAGCUCUAUAACAACUCACUCUCUGGUACUAUUCCUUCUGGUUUUUCCAGCAUUUCCACGCUUCUACGCAUCGAUGCUGCGAUGAAUCUUCUUAAAGGUGCGAUUCCGGACGAUAUUUUUGAGAUUGAGAACCUCGAAAGCUUGCAUCUUUACCAGAACCAGCUCAACGGCAGCAUCCCUGCUACGGUUUCCAAGUCUAAGAAGCUUGUCGAGCUCCGGCUGUUUGCCAACCAGCUCACUGGGUCUCUUCCUCCGGACUUUGGCAGGAAUUCCUCUCUCUUGUAUUUGGAUCUCUCUGAUAAUAUGCUCUCUGGUGCGAUUCCUGCCGGAGUUUGCGAGCGUGGAACACUUAUGGAGCUGCUCUUGAUCGACAACCAGUUCACCGGUAGCUUGCCAGAGAGCCUCGGCAAAUGCCGAACUCUCAGACGGAUCCGGCUGGCGAACAAUCAACUCUCAGGGCCAAUCCCUGACGAUCUCUGGGGUUUGCCGCACGUCUCGCUCUUGGAACUCGUCAAUAACUCGUUCACCGGCAGUAUCUCCCCUCAAAUUUCCGGCGCUGCCAAUCUCUCCAAGCUUCUCUUGUCCGACAACCAGUUCAGUGGAAACAUUCCAUCAGAAAUUGGAAUGGCUUUGAAUCUCUAUGAAUUCUCCGCGGAUAACAACAGACUAACUGGCCCACUUCCGGCUUCUCUUGGUGAUCUUACUGACGUUUUUCGGCUGAGCCUUAGCAAUAACUCACUUUCUGGUGAUCUUCUUAGGGGAAUUCAGUCAUGGACGAAGCUCACUGAGCUCACUCUUUCUGACAAUGGCUUCACUGGAACGAUACCUUCGGAGCUUGGUGAUCUCCCUGUUUUGAACUAUCUUGACCUCUCUGGUAACAAGCUCACUGGUGAGAUUCCUCUGCAGCUGCAGAACCUGAAGCUUAAUCACUUCAAUCUUUCAGAAAACCAGCUCUCAGGGCCAAUCCCACCGUUUUAUGCCUCCGAGGCCUACCGGGACAGCUUCCUGGGCAACCUGGGCCUUUGCGGUGACCUGCCUGAUCUAUGUCCUAGCUCACAAGAUCAUGCUUCCGAUCACCAUGGAGUAUUUUGGCUUAUUCGGUCCAUUUUCAUCAUCACUGCAUUGGUUUUGAUCAUUGGUAUUGCUUGGUUCUACUUGAGGUAUAGGAAUUUCAAGAAGGCUAAGCUUGGGAUGGACAAGUCUAAGUGGACAUUGACUUCGUUUCACAAACUGGGAUUCAGUGAAUAUGAGAUAUUGGAUUGCCUUGAUGAAGAUAAUGUUAUUGGCAGCGGAGCCUCGGGGAGAGUUUAUAAGGCUGUGCUUAGCAAUGGUGAGGCGGUUGCGGUGAAGAAGCUCUGGGGGCCAUCAAACAAGAGUGCGGAGAAUUAUGAUAAGGCUUCUAAUGAUGCGUUUGAGGCUGAGGUGACAACACUUGGUAAGAUCAGGCAUAAGAACAUUGUGAAGCUGUGGUGUUCUUGCACUCACAAGGAUUGCAAGCUUCUUGUGUAUGAAUACAUGCCUAAUGGGAGCUUGGGGGACUUGUUGCAUAGCAGCAAGGGGAGGCUUUUGGAUUGGCCGAUGAGGUAUAAGAUCGCAUUGGAUGCAGCCGAGGGCUUGUCGUAUUUGCAUCAUGACUGUGUGCCACCGAUCGUGCAUAGAGACGUCAAGUCGAACAACAUCUUACUAGAUGAAGAGUUCCGGGCGAGAGUUGCUGAUUUCGGUGUUGCAAAGGCUGUUGAGGCGAUUGGAAAGGGGCCGAAAUCUAUGUCGGUCAUUGCUGGAUCAUGUGGAUAUAUCGCACCAGAGUAUGCUUACACUCUUCGGGUGAAUGAGAAGAGCGACAUAUACAGCUUCGGCGUCGUAAUUCUUGAACUAGUAACCGGAAAACCACCAGUAGAUCCUGAAUUCGGCGAGAAAGAUCUCGCAAAAUGGGUGUGCAGCAUAUUGGAUCAAAAAGGUUUAGACCAUAUCAUAGACCCAGAACUCGAUUCCUGCUACAUGGAGGAGAUAUGCAAAGUCCUAAACAUCGGCAUUCUUUGCACAAGCUCACUUCCGAUAAACCGUCCAUCAAUGAGAAGAGUCGUCAAGAUGCUGCUCGAAGUCUGCCCAGAUGAUAACGACAACAACAAAAGCAAGAAGACUGAAACUAAAGAUGGAAAACUGCCUCCAUACUACGAUAACUCUGAACACAGCAGCAUUGCUUGAGAGGAUACAAGAAAAUGAUUAGGAUUACUAAUUUUUCCAGCAAAGUUAUCCUGAUUCAAUGCACAAGAUCACCUGGUGAAUUUUUUUUUGAAGAUUCUUAAGGUUGCUGUGACAAAGUCCUAUGUGAGUACUGCCUGGCUGUGUGUAGGGGCCAUCACAUUGAUAUUGUGAUGGAUAUGGUCUCUUCUCUUUGAGACAAGCCAAUAUGGGAAGGAAUGGUUCUGGGUGGGAAUGGUGGGUGGGGUGGGAUUCUAAUGUGCCAGAGAAGUUGGCAAGAUAUGUCUUCAUUCCAAGACUAGUUGUUCAAAUUGUUUGGAAUUGAUUCUCCCUACCACCACUACAACCAAUGUUUGCUGCUUGUUGAGGAAUCUCUAUCUUUCUAUAUAUUUUUUAAGAAUAGUCAAAUUAUAAAUAGUGUGAUUUGAGUUUGAUGAGGGUGUUGUUUCAUGAAUCUUAUCCAAAUGUUGAUCUUGGUUCUUGUGUAUCUUACCGUGUAAAUCAUGUGAAGCAAUGGUAGCUUUCAUGGAGGAUUGAGACUGUCUUCUUGGUUUUGGGUUA